AUGGGCGAGACGGACGGAGAAGCGGGCGAGGACGAGUCGUACGGACUCAAGCCAAUGAACUGCCCGGGCCAUUGCCUCCUGUUCAAGUCGCAGAACCAUUCCUACCGCGAGCUCCCCAUCCGCUACGCUGAUUUCAGCCCACUGCACCGCAACGAGGUGUCUGGGUCGUUGAGCGGGCUCACCCGCGUGCGCCGCUUCCACCAGGACGACGGCCACAUCUUCUGCCGACCGCAGCAGAUCAAAGGGGAAAUCGCAUCGGCGUUAGGGUUUGUGGACAUGGUUAUGACGACGUUUGGUCUGGGACCGUAUCGGCUGGUGCUGUCGACCCGUCCGGAGAAGGACUUUAUCGGGAGUCUGGCGCUGUGGGACAGCGCGGAGGCCCAGCUGCGCGAGGCGCUGGACAGUACGGGACGAGAGUGGGCGAUGAACGAGGGCGACGGGGCGUUCUACGGGCCCAAGAUCGACAUUCAGCUACAGGACCAGACGGGGAAAUACCACCAACUGUCAACGAUCCAGCUGGACAUGAACCUGCCGCAGCGGUUCGGGCUGGAGUAUCAGGUGGCCGAAGGGGAAGAGGACUACAACCCGGCGACUCCAGGACGCGCGACGCCCGUGCUGGUUCACCGGGCCAACUUUGGGUCGCUGGAGCGGUUUCUGGCGUUGUUGAUCGAACAAUACGCCGGUCGCUGGCCGUUCUGGCUUUCCCCCCGCCAGGGAAUCAUCCUGACCGUGAACCAGGACGAGGCGGUGGUGCAACAGGCGCAGGAAGCGGCCGGGAUGAUCUCGGGGUUUCGCGCGCUCCGGCCGGGCGAUGGGACCCCCACGCCGUUGUCGUCGGUGGAUUCAACGUUUCUGAUCGAUGUGGAUACCAGCAGUACCACUCUGGGGAAGAAGAUCCAGCGGGCCAAACAGAUGAAGUACAACCUGAUCUUCAUCCUGGGGCCCAAGGACGUGGCGCAAUCGCGCAUCACGAUGGACGUGACAGGACAGCUGCAGAGCGCCGUAGCGGGACAUGCGACGAAGACGCAGGAGAUUCUGACACGCCGGGUGGGGGAGGCAGCGCUGCAGAAACCACGGGCGAUUGGACUGGCGGUGGACGGGGUGCACGGGCUGCUGCAAGAGCUGGCGUCGGGAUUUGUGUAG